GUAAGCACCAGUGGAGGGAGCUCCACCUAGGAUGGUCAGUGUGUGUGUGACCAAUGAGCACUUCUGAGAGACAAGACAGUCAUUUCCUCUCAGUUGCCUGCAUCUCUUCUUGAGGCUUUAAAAAGCACAGCCUGGGUGACAGGGGGGAUCUUCAGGCAUCCGUUGUUGGUCACCACAGAACCCCAGGACAUGGACCUCGUAUAUAACAACAGCAUUGACGACAUAUAUGGUCACUAUGAUGGAACCCUAAAUCCAGAGACACCUGUGGAUGGCAUUCCCACUCCGGAGAGGCCACCUGGGGAUAUUGCAGCCAUGAUUAUCUACGUGGCCGUGUUCUUGGUGGGAGUUCCCGGGAAUGCUCUGGUGGUGUGGGUGACAGCCUUUGAGUCCAGACGUACCAUCAACGCCAUCUGGUUUCUGAAUCUGGCGGUGGCCGACCUCCUCUCGUGCUUGGCACUGCCUAUCCUGUUCACAUCCGUUCUAAAGUAUAACUAUUGGCCCUUCGGCGCCGAGGCCUGUAUAAUCCUGCCAUCGCUCAUCCUGCUCAACAUGUACGCCAGUAUCCUGCUGCUGGCUACCAUUAGUGCCGACCGUUUCCUGCUGGUGUUCAAACCCAUCUGGUGUCAGAAGUUCCGCGGGACUGGACUGGCAUGGAUGGCCUGCGGAAUGGCCUGGGUCUUUGCAUUGCUCCUCAGCAUCCCAUCCUUUGUGUUCCGGGAGCUAUAUAAGGACCCCUACUCAGAUCACAUUAAAUGUGGUGCUAACUAUGGUAAGGGCGUGUUCCCCAAAGAGAAGGUUAUCGCCAUCUUGCGGCUGAUGGUGGGUUUCGUAUUGCCUCUGCUCACUCUUAGCAUCUGCUACACCUUCCUCCUGCUCCGGACCUGGAGUCGCAAGGCCACGCGCUCCACCAAGACACUCAAAGUGGUGAUCGCCGUGGUCACCUGUUUCUUUGUCUUCUGGCUGCCCUAUCAGGUAACGGGGAUGAUGAUAGCUUGGCUGACCCGGUCCUCAUCCACCUUUCAGAAGGUGGAGAGGCUGAACGCCUUGUGCGUGUCCCUGGCCUAUAUCAACUGCUGUGUUAAUCCUAUCAUCUAUGUCAUGGCUGGCCAGGGUUUCCACGGACGACUCCGAAGGUCACUCCCCAGCAUCAUACGAAAUGCUCUCUCUGAGGACUCCUUGGGCAGGGACAGCAAGACUUUCACUCGGUCCACGAUGGACACCUCAACCCAGAAGAGUCAGGCAGUGUAGAGGAGAUGCCACAACUGGCCUAGCUGCUCCUUUUCCAGCCCUCCUCCCCCUCCCUUUCCUUCUUCCUCUUCCUGCCCCUUCUCCUUCUUCCUUUUUCUUUGCAUGUUUAGUUUUAUGCGAUUCUCUUUGAAGUUACCCUGAUUAGCCUUGAGCCCAGGAUCCUCGGGAAUGCUGAGAUUAUAGGUAUAAAUUCCUUUGAAGAGAAACAUCACAUUAAGAUAUUACUCGG